AUGGCGGCAAGUCAUGAAGGUUUGCUUCGUGUUUCUUCUUCUCCAGGACAACUGCAGAUGACUUGUACAAGCGAAUUCGUCGCAUUGCCCUUAACAAAGACUAUUGUAGGAGUUUGGUGGCUUGGAGAUAUCUCGAGGAAGCCUUUACAGCUCUCUGGCCACAGUGGAAUAAUAAGUGCCACUUGUUUUGGACAAAAGGACAGACCUCUUCUUCUCUGCACUGCAUCAGAAGACUUUAUCUACAUCUGGAACAUUGACAAGCUUUUGGCUAUUGACAAUAUAACUAGUGAUCAUAGCAGUGGGAUACCAGUUGGUAAAGACCUGGGACAUGUCCAACAUCUUAGCUUUAGCAUGACUGACAGGUUGAUUACGGCAUGUAUUGGGAGAGAAAUAUGGGUCAUUAACAUCCAGACAAGCAAACUGGACACUUUGUUGGAGGGCCACACCAGCAUUGUAACAUGUGCAGAGUUUCCUCCUAAAAAUGAGUCAAUCAUUGUGUCUAUAAGUGAAGACAGAACUUUUAAGGUGUGGAACAUUGAGCAGUCAUGUUUGGUGUACCAGUCAGCCAUUUUGUCAGCUCAUCCAUUCCUUUCACUUGCUAUGGAUUCUGUUCAAGAACAGAUGGCAAUUGGUUCUGCUGAUGGGAAGCUUCACUUGUAUGACCUAACUUACAAUGGUGGUUACCGAUGCUUGUAUGAACUGGAUGUUAAUCAGCUGAUGCAAAAAUAUUGGAGUCAAAAAGAAACUAUAGCAGAAACAUCAAAGAAUGGGCCUUCGUUUAUAAACAGUCAGCCAACCUGGCAAAGUAAAAGUACCCCAGAUGAAGGAAAUGCAGUUGUUUUGGAACCAGGAAUGGCUGUACUUGCUGUCUGCUUCAUAACAAACCCUCUUCAAGAAAGUGCUAGGCAUAGGGAUGCAGGAGCACACAGGGUCCUUUUUGGCUCACACACUGGAUCAGCCAUAAAGGAUGUGUUUCAUGUGUCCUCCAUUGUGGCCAUAGCAACAACAGCUGCCAUUGUAUUGUUGAACUGUGACAGCAGGGAGCCACUGUAUGUUCUGGACUUUCAAGAGCCUAUUUUGUCCAGUAGCGAGUUAGAUGAUGUUCAAUAUCACAUCUCGACUCCUGGUUCAUUUGCGUUUGCGGAGAGGCCUGAUGGCAAUAUGAUUUGUUUGAUUGGCAGCUUGUUUCAAAAUACAGUGAAUGUUGUCAAAAUCAGGAAGCCGACAACUAACACGGAGACAAAGAAUUUCCAUGAGGACUUGCCUCAAAGACUGUCACAGUCUGUAGGUUUAAGUUCCCAUAGUGACCAGACUGAAGUGACGUCACCCAUGGGAGGCGCCGAGAUGGCAACCAGCACCGUCACUGUCCUCUCUAAUGCUCCGCUGUGUAGUAAUUCGCCUUUAAAAGCAGAGCUUGUUCCAAAAACAGCAACCAAACUGCGGCAGAAACAAAAAUCUUCUACCAAAGAUGUGAAAACAAGAGUUCUUGAUCAGCCUCUAACAUUCCAUCCAAAAGUGAAAUCAUCUGGUUAUUCAUCUUCAGCACCAAGGUCCAAAAUGUUUUCACCGAACACAAGCGCUUCAAAGCCAAAACCAUCUGCAUUCCCGUCGAAAAAAGUGGCUUCCACUUCUCUGAGCACUGGGGCGUCAUUAAAGGAAUACCCAAUGGAUAGUGAAGCACCCACCAACUUGGAGCAUAAACUGUGGCUUACUGAGAAACCAGCCCCCAUAAACUGCAUCGUGUUUUCAGACGAUGGAAAGCAUAUCGCAUGUGGUCUGGCUAACAAGAGUGUUCAUAUGAUGAGACCUCCUCCCUCGAGCAAGGAGAGAGUGUUUACAGGACAUGACGGAUCAGUGACCAGUGUUAGCUUCAGUCAUGACAGCCGCUGGCUGAUGACGUCAUCAAGUGACAAGACUGUCAGACUGUGGAGCCCCGCCCACUCGGAUCCUGUGAUGACAUUCUCAUCUGUCAAUCACAACUUUUCCUCAGAACUUAACAGCUCUACAAAUGUUAAGGAUAAUCCACCGUUUUCCAAGGAAAUAACUCAAGCUAAAUUUUAUUAUGUUGACAAAUUCGUCCUUCUAGCAAGUGGCAACGGCCUUCACAUGUACAAGUACCACAUUGACACCGGGCAAAAAGAUGACGUGAAAAGAUACCAAACAAACAAUAAAUACAAGUUGGUGAAAAUAUUUCAGCAGGAAAGGGCUCAGCAAAUUACCUGUUUCUCUGCCAUCAACGGAUUUCACUCCUACAUAGUGUUAUGCUGUGGUUCCAAUAAGUCAAUCCAGGUCUUUGAUAUGAACGCGGCUCGUACAGUCCGAGUGAUCCUGGAUUCCCACACUCGCCCUGCACACACCAUAUGUCAAAAUGAGGGUUCAAUGUUUGUUUCACACCCUCCAAACGCGUACGACCUCUUCUUAACAGCUGCGGUUACUGAUGGAAUAAAAUUAUGGGACUUACGCACCAACAGGUGCAUUCGCCGGUAUGAUGGUCACGUGAACAGAUCGCAGCCAAUCGGGGUGGCUAUCAGUCCGUGCGCAAGAUUCAUUGCAACUGGUUCUGAGGACAGAUCGGCCUACCUUUACGACAUUCGAGGAAAUACAUUUUGUCAUCGGCUCACUGGUCACACAGACGUGGUAUCUGAAGUAGCCUUUCAUCCUGCACAACCUCAGCUUGUAACGGCUUCUCAGGACGGACGAUUACGGUUUUUCUCCGAUCACGGUUAACAGGUUUGAGGAUGAUAACAGAACGUGCACACGGAGUUAAACGCAAGCUUACUGAAAUUGAUGGCGAUCAUGAGGUGCAUGGCCGCUGUCUUCAACGACAAACAGUGUUCAAUAUUUCGAUCUGCAAACUGCAGAAAAGCUUUACACGGC